UUUCUUCAACAUUCAUCAAAACCCAUUUCUCAAACAACAUCCUUGAUCUCAAAUAUCCCCAAAAACACCAGAAAUCCGUACAAUCAAACUUACCCAAAGCUCCAGCAUCAUCGGUAAUGGCAUCGGCUUCCAUGUCUGAGCUAGCCAGCGAACCCCCUGCCCUUCCUCUUCCCACCCCUCCUCUCUCCAAGUUCAAGAUUGGACUUUGUCAGCUGUCGGUGACGCCUGAUAAAGAGAGGAACAUAAAGCAUGGGAAGAAGGCCUUCGAGGAGGCUGCUCAAAAGGGUGCCCAGCUUGUUCUUUUGCCUGAAAUAUGGAACAGCCCGUAUUCGAACGACGGCUUCCCUGUAUAUGCCGAAGAUAUUGAUGCAGGCGGGGAUGCUUCUCCUUCGACAGCUAUGUUGUCUGAAGUUGCUAGUCGCCUGAAGAUCACAAUAGUUGGUGGUUCUAUACUGAGCGCUGCGGAUAUAAGUUGUAAUACUUGUUGUGUCUUCGGUUCCAAUGGAACGCUUAAAGCCAAGCAUCGCAAGGGCUAAGGAUAAUCAGGUAUGAACCUCGUGAUGUAAGAGGCGAGGAGAGAACCUCAUGAUGAAACUCAUCGGUACGAGAGUUUUCAUUCGAACUGCAGUAAGAGUCCUUUGUUAAUGGAACUCAGCAGUUUAUGAAAUCCGAAUGAUAUAAACAACUAGACUCGAAUGAGUUAUGGGCGUACGACAGCCGACAUUCGGGCUGUUCGGUGCACCAUUCCAUGAUGCAGUUCCUGACAGAUCAUGUAUGAUAUAUGAAUGAAUUUUUGCAGUUUCCCCCUAAAAUACAAUCCACAUCUUUAGUUCGGAAAAAGGAAAAACAAAAGGGAAGAUACCAGCAGAAUACAUGACCGGACGGAGUAGCAUCCGUCCGGUGCUGUCGAUUGCUGAGGCAUAAGCAGAAAGGUGAUGAGAAUGUGUUUUAUCAAUGACGCCAGUCCUUUUAUGAUGAGAUUAAUGCUUUCCAUAUUUCAUAAUGGUUUGACGACGUCGUACGCUAGGCAUAGAAAUGUGGGCUUAGGGGAAAAAGGAUUACGCCGUUGCUGGGGAUCGGACCCGGGUCACCCGCGUGACCGGCGGGUAUACUCACCACUAUACUACAACGACUGCUUGAUGCUAGGUCAUUUUUUUGUAUGUUUUUAUUACA